GCUGUAAUCUGGUUCAGGACCACGGCCAGAGACGCCGUUUGGCCAUGAAUCUCCUCCAAAGUUGCCCCCGACGCGUUGACUGAACCUCUAUGGACCCAAAACAAAUUCAAAGAAGUUCGUCUGGAUUCGUGAAGUAAAACUGGGGCUGAAAAUGUUUUUUGUUUUCCUAGGGAGCAAAAGAAACCAAUAAAUCCCGGGACAAUCAGUGCUGCUCGCCAAAGACUUGGGAAGUUUGGGCUAAACGAGGCUGAUGACCGAGUAAAUAAAAGCAGCUUUUUUAUGUGACUGAACAGCACGAAGCAGAGGAGAAGGCUGUGCGCUCGGACCCGAAGCCGUGAGGAUGGAGAUCCGGUCGGACCGGUUGAAAGCUGCGGCAGCUAAGACUCUGGGGAAGAUCUACGGAGCAUUGGAGAAGAAACAGGAAAAUGGUGAAACCAUUGAGCUGUCGGCUGAGGGCCGGCCAGAGAUGAUGCAGGAGAAGGAGAUGCCGGUGGUGGACUGUACGUGCUUCGGUCUGCCCAGGCGCUACAUCAUAGCCAUCCUCUCUGGUAUUGGCUUCUGCAUCUCCUUUGGGAUCAGGUGUAACUUGGGUGUGGCCAUCGUCAGCAUGGUCAACAGCCACACCAUCUUCAGGGACAACAAGGAGGUCAUAGUGAAAGCCCAGUUCAACUGGGAUCCAGAAACAGUGGGGUUGAUCCAUGGCUCUUUCUUCUGGGGGUACAUAGUAACCCAAAUCCCUGGAGGGUUCAUCUGUCAGAAGUUUGCAGCAAACAGAGUGUUUGGCUUUGCUAUAGUUGCCACAUCAUGCCUGAAUAUGCUCAUCCCUACAGCAGCACGGAUGCACUUUGGCUGCGUGAUCAUAGUCAGAAUAUUCCAAGGACUGGUGGAGGGGGUUUCAUAUCCAGCCUGUCAUGGCAUUUGGGCAAAAUGGGCCCCGCCUCUGGAGAGAAGUCGUUUGGCCACAACAGCCUUCUGUGGCUCGUAUGCAGGUGCUGUGAUUGCCAUGCCUUUAGCUGGAAUCCUUGUCCAGUACUCAGGAUGGUCUUCGGUCUUCUAUGUCUAUGGAAGUUUUGGUAUUAUGUGGUACUGCUUCUGGAUCCUGGUUUCGUACGAGAGUCCAGCGGCUCACCCCACCAUCACGGAGGAGGAGAGGACAUAUAUAGAGGAGAGCAUUGGCGAGUCAGCUCAGCAUACAGUAACGAAGUUUAACACACCCUGGAGAGCCUUCUUCACCUCCAUGCCUGUGUACGCCAUCAUUGUGGCUAAUUUCUGCAGAAGCUGGACUUUCUAUUUGCUCCUCAUCAGCCAGCCUGCAUACUUUGAGGAGGUGUUUGGGUUUGAAAUUAGCAAGGUGGGCAUAGUUUCUGCACUCCCUCAUCUGGUUAUGACCAUCGUUGUGCCCAUCGGGGGCCAAAUCGCUGACUAUUUGCGCUCUAAUCACAUCAUGACCACCACAAAUGUCAGAAAGAUAAUGAACUGUGGAGGGUUUGGGAUGGAGGCUACCCUCCUGCUGGUGGUUGGCUUCUCGCACACAAAGGUCAUCGCCAUCACGUUCCUGGUGCUCGCUGUGGGCUUCUCUGGUUUUGCCAUUUCAGGUUUUAAUGUCAAUCACCUGGACAUUGCACCACGAUAUGCCAGUAUCCUCAUGGGCAUUUCCAACGGCGUGGGCACUCUGUCCGGCAUGGUUUGCCCGCUGAUAGUUGGUGCCAUGACAAAAAAUAAGACGCGGGAGGAGUGGCAGGGCGUGUUUCUGAUCGCCUCACUUGUUCAUUAUGGAGGUGUUAUAUUCUAUGGCCUCUUUGCCUCGGGAGAGAAGCAACCUUGGGCCGAGCCAGAGGAGCUCAGCGUCGAGAAAUGUGGAAUCCUGGAUGAGGAUGAGCUCGCAAACGAGACAGAGGAACUCUAUCGCACCAGUGGCGGAGUUGGUUACGGAGCCACAAACCAGGCGUCAGAUCCCAACGGAGGAGGUGGGGGCUGGGUCUCAGAUUGGGACAAAACUGAGGAGUACAUCCAACCCGCCGGGACCAACCAUUAUCUCCAUGGAGGCGAGGGCGACCGAGAGUUCACAUAGAACCAUCAGAUGUUUUUAAUCCAAACAGAGAAGCACAAACAGUUUUCCACCAAUGUGGAAUCUCAAUGUGAAGGAACUUGGACAGCAAGGAACUGGACUUUUCAGAAAGUCCGACUGCUGAACUUAUUUCAAGAACACAUUUAAAGUGAGGAGAGUAGUUAACAUAAAAUGUGUGUUUGUGUGUGACUGUGUAUCUUAGGAAUCAGCAGCUGUUUUGCAAAGUUUUGUUGGAAUCUGGUUUUUCUUUAGGCCUGAUGAGGCUUCCAUCUUCAGUAACAGUAGACUGAUCCAUAUUUUCCUUCAUGACUUAGUAUUUAUUUGUUUGGAUAUUUUUAUGUAAUAAACGUUACAGUUUCACUGUAAAAGUUGCUUGGUUAGGAACAAGCCAAUUUGUUAACCCAGAGCUGGGUCAAAAUGGACUGAUCCAGGCUUGGGUUACUUUUACACAACGAGGAUUGGGCUGUGGGUUUGACCCUGCAUUAUGGAUUAGGUUUGUUAACCUUGACCAGUUUACCGGUCCAUCACAGACUCACAGAACACCAGAGAAUAAUUUGUGGACGCACACGGUGAGAAUAGAAACUCUUUACAGAAAGACCCCAGAUGACAUUCUUAAGGAAAUAAAGACAACAGCCUCGUAAUGCCGUCUCUGGGCACAUUCUGCUUUUUUCUAGUUCAUACCCACAUUUUGUACCCAUGCGAUGCCAUUUAGUCCCUUUCUACUUCCGCUUCAUAACUGCAAACAAACUCUUUGGUACCAUGUGCUUCCUGAAUUACGUUUUACAAGAUUUCUAAAGAGAAAUGCUCCAAAUCUCAUUGUAUUAUUUCUCUUGAUUAAUUUCAUUAUAGUAAUGUAUAGGUAGAACAUUAAAAAUGACUUUAAGUCACUGGGUGUCUAUGGUGGUACGAAAUGUCCCACAAGAUGGCACCAAUUCAAACCCGAAGAAGUUCUGAAGGAGCAAAAUAACACAACCGCAUAUUCUCUAAUAACUUUUAUUGACAAAAAUGUCACAAUUUAACAUGGCAUAAAAUAUUGCCUGUGUAUACUAACUUUAUGACUAAUUCUUUGGUAAAAUUUUAAUCUCUUGAACAUAGCUAGCACUAGCUUGUCCCACCUAAUUAGCAGGUAUAAGGGUAAUAGCUUAAGUGGCUGAACUCAUUUUAAUGUAAGCUAAAGUCAUUACCACAACACACUGACAUUAACAUUAUUACACAGCAUAGUUUACCUACUCUUAUAUCACCCUGUGGAAGAGCUUGAGUGAAUUCUCAUCGUGAUGUUUCAUAGUUUAAAGUGGUCGUCUGCGAAGGAAGAUGGGGCUCUUUCUAAUCUCUUCCUUAGGUUCUCAUCAUUUCAACCCUUUGCUGUUUUGGUCUUUGUAGUUUUGGUCAUCAGAUUAAAAUAAUCUGGUCCAAAGUAGGGCGAUUCAGACCGGCCAUGCAUAUACAUUUAUCCAGCAUGAGAACCUCUCUUAUCCCUUUUGACAACUCAGGACUUAAAGUGAUUUUAUAUAUUCAGUUACUAGUCUACUACCACCAGGAGGUCAUAGAACAUUUUUGUCUGAUCAGGUUUCCUAAUCUCCAAUUUUUUAACGAGUCACAUGUCUGAAACAGUGAUCAGAACUAAAAUAAAUAAAAAUAUAGUGAAAUAUUAAGGUUUCAGAAAAUAAUGUACAAUUAAAAUACUUUACACAUGAGAUUUGAGCAUGUUUAUAAUUAUUUAUCUACACAAUAUAUGAAAGUAAUUUAUAACGAAGUAAAAUAAACUGAUACUCAAUUGUUUAAGUACAUGGGUACAAAAUGGUUUGUUAAAGGUAUGAAAUGGUAAUGUGUAUUCACCCAGAGCCCACAAGGCCUAAAAAAACUUUUACUGAUAAACAAUUGAAUAUAGAUAACAAAAGUCAUACUCAGUAUAUAAAAUAGAGUCUGUUUAUACUGACUUUAUGACCAGUUCUUUGUUGAGUCAGUGAAUGUUGAACAUAGCUAGCACUAGCUCGCGCUACUUAGCAGCUAAAAGGCUAACAUUAGCCUAAGUGAACCACUUUGUUUUGUAGUGUGAACUAAAUUCAUUAACAUGACAGUAACAUUUUUAUACUGUAUACUGUAUUAUGUAUUAUGUUCAUGGAAGUCUGAUCAAGAGAUUGUAGUUAAAUCUUCUGGUCUCUUCGCUAACCCAGCAAACUGGGUCACAGUUUCUGACCUGGUGUUUGUUUGUAAAAGAGCAACUUUUGUCCCAACAGCAGAAACCCAGUAUUUUGGUUAAACCCAGCAGUUUUUUUAAAAUCUCAAGUUUUUGCAACCUGCAGAGUUUUGAGCAGUUCCUCAAGAAUUUAAGCAGAAUGUUUUUAGCUAAAAACACUGUUAAUAUUUUGUCCUUUAAGAAAAAGCAUUGUGCCAAUACAGGAAAAUAAUGUUAUAUUCUGUAGAAUUGGUUUCCUAUUCAGUGAGGAAGUGAAGAGCUGCAAAUGUGUUCUGUUUUUGGGUGAUACAGAUGAAAAUUAUUUUGUAAAAUGAACAGAAAACAAAAAAUGCAGGUCUCUGGCCUUUCUGCCAGCUGAUAAAACACUUGAAAAAAGUUAUAAAAGAAAAAUAACAUCAUCUUAAUAAACUGGUGUCUGAGUUAAGGAUCUCCACAAAGCUGGUUUCAUUGAUCCAGCAUUUAAAUUUCAGUUUUGCUUGUUUUAUAUGUGAUAUAUUGUUUAUUCCUGUUAACCUAUUGUUCAGCAGCUUUGUCUGGCGUUAGCAUGAGCUACUCACCACCAAAGAACUAUACACCAGCCAGACUCCUCUCUGCCUCAAAGGAAAACAAAAAACAGCAUUAAGAAGAUUAAGUGUUAGAGCACUAUGAUGGACUCCUAAAUUCAAUUUGUUGAAGUCGAUAACAACUUAAAUACAGGGUGACUAUAUACCCUUGUGCAUGAGCGCAUUGUUUUAUUUCUAUUAGCAUGUGCUGAAAUAUCCAUAAACCAAUCCAUCUUCUAUACCUGCUUCUUCCAUAGUGGGUCGCAGGGAAGCUGGUGCCUAUCUCCAGUAGUUUAUGGGCGAGAGGCGGGGUUCAUCCUGGACAGGUCGCCAGUCCAUUGCAGGGCAGCAUAUAAGACAAACAACCAUGCACACACUCAUUCACACCAAAGGACAAUUUAGAGAGACCAGUUAACCUAACAGUCAUGGUUUGGACUGUGGGAGGAAGCCGGAGAACCCGAACAGAACCCAUGCAUACAUGGGGAGAACAUGCAGACUCCAUGGAGAAAGACCCCCGGCCGGGUGUCAAACCGAGGACCUUCUUGCUGCAAGUCAACAGUGCUACCAACUGCACCACUGUGCUGAAAUAUAUUUAGAUCCCAGAAUAAGUUGUAAAAAUAAAAAAGGUCAUUGACAUAGGUCACAGGAUGGUAUAGUUUUACUGAGUGGCGUAAAGGAAAAAAAUGUUAUUAUUUUUAUUGUUUUUUUCAUUGAUUUAUCUCAAUUAAUUUUAUUGUCAAAUUGGAGUGUUUAAAAAUCCUGUACAUGUGAAAAUAUUGAAUAAUAAAAUGUAGAAGUGUU